CAUUUCAAAUGUGUUUUGCGGGCAACGACCUGCCAAGCACCCCAAGAUCGACAGAUGACAAACACACAACCCCGCCCCCACCCCACCACUUCCUCACCCCCAUAACAAGAGGUGGAAGAGUCGGGCUCUCUUUGUCUUCCUUCCGAAGAUUAGGGAAGCUUCUAGGGGGUGGUGAGAGAGAAAUCAUGAUUUGAUAAUUAUCAAAUGUGCUGAGUUCUGAACAUAUUGAUGCAAUUUUGAUGAGAUUUCGUUCAAUUUGGUCCAUUUUUGUAUUCAUUUAAUUCAUCGCCGAUCUCUCCUUGCCUCCCGUUCUAGGGUUUCUCCCUUCUCUUCAUCAUCUUCUUCUUCUUCUUCAGAUUGUUUGAUGUUUGAAAGUCAUGCCAACAUUCACAGCUAAAGCUUUUGACAGACUGAUAGAACCAGGAGCUGAAAACUCUGUGAUGCCAGUGAUAAAUGCUUCCGAUCUCAAACUCGCUAGGAGAAAUAGUACUCCAGACUCAAGGCUUGAUAGGAGAAUCAUUUCUCCUAGUUCGAAGCUGGAGAGGGGAGUUAGUGUUCCUCCUAAUCCAAAGCUCAAUAGGACAAAUGGUUCAUCAACUACGGCUGUUGUAGAUCGAAGACACAAUUGGACUCAAAUCUCGCCUGCACUCUAUGCUACACCAGAGUCAACUCCAAUUCCCGAUGCCCCAUCUUCAUUUCCUCCAUCUCCUUAUAUCAUUAAUCACAAGCGGCGGGGGCCUCGACUCGUGAAGAGUUUCUCUGAGGAUGAUGUUGCGACUCACCAACAAGCUGUGGACGAGAAUAAGUUCGAUGCGAAUGGAAAAAAUGCUGAAAAGAAGCUUGCUGGCAUAGCUAAGGAUGACAGCUGUGUUCAUAAUGGGCACGUGGACUCUUUCGAGGAUAAUAAUUAUACACCAACCAUUCCCAAUGUUGCUGAGGAGGAUCUGAAUGGUGUGUUUGAUGGUGAACACGGAAGCAGUGAUUUGACCAAUGGUUCGACUGUUAAAAAUAGGGUGGUGAAGUCUGUCGGAUUUAAUUUGCAGGGAGAUAGUGAGGUGGAUGAUUUCUUUGAUACCCAGGACUUGAUGAGUGUUAAGAGCAAUAGUGAAAGUGAGGGUAUUGGUGUAGCAGAACGCUCUUUGAAUUCAACAACAACAACAGCUGAGUUUUAUGAUGCUUGGGAAGACUUGUCAUCAGAGAGUUGCCCACAGCCUUCAAUUCCUGAUAUUGAAACUGAUCUGCGUGAAAUAAGACUGAGUUUGUUGAUGGAGAUAGAGAAGAGGAAGCAAGCAGAAGAAAUCCUUAACGAUAUGCGAAAUCAAUGGAAAAGUAUCCGGGACCAGUUAUCUCUUGCGGGGUUGACACUCCCGCCAGAUCCAACUACUUUGCCAGGGGGUGGACAGUCAGGUGAUUCUGCAGCAGAUCUGUGCCAACAAGUCUUUCUUGCCCGCUUUGUUUCAAAUUUAAUUGGGAGGGGCACUGUGAAGGCUGAAGUUGAGAUGGAUAUGAAAGCUCAGAUUGAAUUGAAGAAUUCUGAGAUUGCUCGUUUAUGGGACAAGCUACAUUAUUAUGAGGCUGUGAACCGGGAGAUGUCUCAGAGAAACCAAGAAGCUGUAGAGACAGCAAGACAACUUAGGCAAAGAAGGAAGAGAAGACAGAAUUGGGUUUGGGGAUCGAUUGCUUCUGCGGUUACAAUUGGUUCUGCUGUCAUAUUGUGGUCUUACUUCCAGACUGGAAAAGGAUCAUCUUCCUCAAGCCAAUCACACGAUCCUGCGGUUGAACACGGUUCAAAGCAAUAAACUCCAAGUGGAUGGCUUAGUACAGGCUAUGCCUGAUAAAUGAAUAACAAACAAUAGGUCGAUUUUGCGAUCUUGUGAAUACCAACAUUUUGUCCUGCCAUUGAGUGUAGAUCUAAUAAUAAAAUCAAAGUCUGCACGACACAAAGUUGAUAUAGCUAGCAAUUCGAACUAUAGAUUUAUUUAAAAUUGUUUUUAUUCUUACGUCCUAUCUUGGUUUAUACAGCUGGAUAACUUGGAAUGUUAUCAUUGUGUUGUGUGUUCAGUUACGUUGUUGGUGAUAAUGCUGAUUCUAUUCCCGUUG